UGAAUUACAUCUGGUCAAUUAUCCUGAUUUCUAUGGUAAAGAGCAGAAUCCCAUAACUUGGAUAAAGAAAGUGGAACAAGCAUUUGAGACAAAUAGAGUACCUGAUGCAAGGAAAAUUCCAAUUAUUGUUCCUUAUCUAAAAGGGUCUGCUGCUAUCUGGUGGAUAAACAGGAGAGUUUAA